GUGUAGCAUCUUCAAAAUGUGUUGACGUGUGGAGGGCAGAAUAAACUACAGUGGUGUUGAUCACAGUUGCACGUCAAGUUUGUGCAGUGCUGGAAAAUUAAUACUUUAUUAUUAUGAAUGAUCAAAUCACAGUUUUAAAGAGAAGUAGUUCUGGUUCCUUUGUGCAAAACUAUAAAAAAUGUUUCACUUUGAAGGGAACAAAAAUGUAAAUCAUCUAAAAACUAGACAAACACUUUUUGUUUGUUUUUAAGAACUCCUUGAAAGGUGUCUAUUUGGUGUGACUGUGGGAGUUGCUGAGACGUUUGCUGGCUGAGUUAAAUCAGCAGAGUUGUGCUGAAAAGUCUCACAUAGUGAACAAAGCAGCAGAAACUGGAUCGGGGAGUGACAGAGUGAAAGAGGAGGGGCCGCAGUGAGAACAGGAUCUGACAGACUGAUAGGAGGCUUCCUGGCUUCAAGUUGUGCUGUUUUUUUGUCUAUGGAACUAUGGACUAAACCUGCGCAGGCUGUUUGUUCUGGAAAGAUCUUUAAGGUUGUCACACUGAUUUUGUCUCGUUUCCUUCCAUGUUGCUUUGCAGCAUUGUUUCAGUGUCUGUGAACAAGGCGACUUCCAGAAAGUAACUGUUUUGUGCUUUGCAGUUUUUGUAGCCGACUGUUGAACGCCGCCGACAGCAGACGGGAUGAGCGAUCAGGACAGCAGCACCUCCUCGUCUCAGACGGAGGGAGACACAAACCAGAGCGAGCGUCCUCCUCCCACCGGCUCCGCUUUCUCCACUUUGCACGCAGCCAUCCGCAUCAAACAAAAGUACUGGGCCAUGAAGAGGCUGCGCCAGGAGAUGGUGCUGGCAGGAUCCAGAGUCCCCACAGGAGCUCCCUCCGGCAUCAGCCCCAAGAUCUUCACCUUUGAAGGGCUGACUCCUUCUGGCUACUCCGCCCUGCCGUCCUCCAGCCAUCAGAGGAAAAAGAGGAGGAGGAAGAAGCGGGUGUUGUUUCCUCACGGAGGCGGCCGCAGGGUCCCGCCCACCAAGGAGCACAGCAGGGCCACAUACUGCCUCUAUCUGCUGUGUGCCAUCGUCUUCCUGCAGGUCUACAACGCCAUAGAGAACCUAGAUGACCACGUUCUCAGAUAUGACCUGGACGGGUUGGACAAAACACUCAAGAGGGAGGUGUUUGGCCAGCAGGGAGCAGUAGAGGGCCUGCUAGCCCAACUUAAGGAGUACCUGUCCACCUAUGUCCACAGCAAGCCUCUAGUGUUGUCCCUGCAUGGUCCCAGUGGAGUGGGUAAGAGCCACCUGGGACGCCUUCUGGCGGGACACUUCCGCUCAGUGGUUGGGGAGUCCAUGGUGCUGCAGUACUAUGUCCUGCACCACUGUCCUCAGGAGGCUGACACCUCACUGUGCACCAGCAAACUGUCUCAGCAGAUCUCCAGAAUAGUGGAACAAGCUGAAGAAGAGGAGAAGAUCCCACUGUUCAUCUUUGAUGAGGCUGAGCACAUGCACAAUGAGAUCCUGGAUACACUGCGAGAGCUUAUGUUGUCCCAAAGGUCCAAUGAAUACCUGAAUGUUAUUUAUCUCUUCCUGAGCAAUCUGGGUCACGCCCACAUCACCAAACAUAUACUGCAGAACUCCUCGAGUAUUUCUCAGUUGAUUACAGGAGCUGGUCAUAGUAACCUGAUAAAAGAACUCGUGCCCAUAUUACAUAAAAGCCUGGAGAAACUUCACCCGCUGUGGACAGAGGCCGUCCUGCUCCCUCUGGGCUUACUGGACAAGAGUCAUGUGAUGGAAUGUUUCCUGGACGAAAUGAGCCGAGAAGGUUUCUACCCCGAUCCUUCCAACAUAGAGCGCCUAGCGGGGGACAUAGAAUAUUAUCCCCCUGUAGGAGGACACAAAUAUUCCAAGACGGGCUGUAAGCAAGUCGUGGCUAAAGUUAACCUGCUGUGAAACCUGCUCUGUGGUCUCCAUUUGGAAGGUCCACAUGCUUUAUGUGUGAAGAAAUUCUACACGGGAACUCCUGAGGUUACAAAACUUGAAUAACACAGCUUGGAGCCAAAAAAAAACGUGAUCUCUCUCACGUGUUCUUGUUUUGAGCCAAGCUGGUGGUUCAGCUUUAGCAAUCAAUGAAAGAAAACAGAACUUGGCAUUCAUCGGAACUUGUUUCUACAGCUGAAACGGUUCCAACUGAGGUUCCAACACAGCAAACCAAGACAGAAGGGCCAUUAGCAUACAGCUAUUUGGAAAAAAUAAAUAAAACAACAACUCGAUUGGACACGUUUUUGAAUGGCUAAGGGUGAAAAUGAUCAGCAGAGCCGCCAUCUUAUGUAGGUAACUGUGUUUGGCUCAGCUUAAAGUGUCACUGACAUGAGCUGUAUGUUCAGCUCCAGUCUGUCAAAACCUCCCCAACCGGGGAAUGUUUUCAGCUGUUUAUCUGUUUUUAACAGGAUAACUCGCAAAGUAAGGAGCAGCUUUAAAUGUGGUGAACAGGUGGAUAAUGUUCUUGCAAAUAAAUGAUUCAGUUGCGAUCAA